GCAUAAAUGUCACUGUCAGUUUACUAUUGAUAGCAACUGCAGUGUUUAUUGCAAUAAAUAGCUAUUUUAUUUCAUAAAACUCACUAAAUCCAAAAUAAACAUGGAUAUAACAAGAUUACCUAACGAUAAGAAAUUACAAUUAUGCAGGUGGUACUUCAAAGUGGGUUGCUUAUUCCUACCGUUCGUGUGGGCGGUGAACGCGGUCUGGUUCUUCAAGGAAGCCUUCACGAAGCCGCCGUUUGAUGAGCAGAAGCAAAUCAAGAGGUAUGUGGUAAUGAGCGGCCUGGGUGCCCUGGCGUGGGCGGUGGGGCUGAUCUCGUGGGCGCUCAUCUUCCAGGCGAGGCGAGUGGCGUGGGGCACUACGGGGGAGGCGCUGUCAUUCGUGCUGCCACUGGGCAGGGCUUAGUUCUAAGCUUACCCUUCUG